GGGAACCUGUUGUAUUAUAUUUACAUAUUUCAUAUUUACAUAUUUCCUUAUACAACAUCAUAUAGAUUUUAAAACUCGAAACAAAACAUGGACGAGUCCGCAACACGUUUAUUGCAGCGAAUCGUUCGACGGAUUCCGACUCGGAUGCUAAAAGCAACGUUGGAAAAGUGGGACCGACUGACGGCGCAGCAGCGACUGUCCGUGGAUUUUACUGAACCAAAAUGGGAGCUGGUGCAAAAACUAGUCUCUAUAUGUGAGGAAAAUAGAUUUACAAUGAAACACAUCACAGAACUCGAAAUGAUAUAUGUCAUUGAGAACCCAGACCAGGGAAUGUGGAACACUUUCCAGCUUUUAGACCCUGAAGAGGAUGCUCAUUCAGUGGAGCUGAUGCGAUUCAGGGAGCAAUUUAAAUCCCACCUCCGUGAGCUGAUGAUGAACGUGUCGGUGAAAAUCAAGAGGCACACAGAUGAAGCUGUGUGGAUUCGGAUCGCGUGCGGCGGGGACAGCUUUUCUCGGCCCAACCACCUGAAACCGACGUAUGUUGUUCAUCAUCUUCAGUCGCCUUAUGUGUUCGUGAGCAGUCUGACCUCAAAGCUGAAGCCGCUGCUGUUACAGGCAUUGACUCUUUCCACUAGACAUCAAGCGAUUAAGGAUGCUAACCUGAGUGGGCGGAAGCUGACUGCCAUCAGGGACCUGCUGAUGAGGGAAUAUCAACACGUGUUUCCCACAAAGUAUCCUAGUCCUCUGGUGGAGAACGGUCAAACCCUUUCAAACCGGCACAUAGACAAAGAACAAGCUGAUGCUUCAACAAACAGACGUCAGAUGGCAGGUGAAGCCUUCGGCGACGGGCCGUUACCUGAGCUACAGUCUGCAGUCUAUAAGCUGGAAACCAAGUUUAAAGACCCCACCAAUAAGACUAUGACGGAACGGGAGGAACCGUUCAGAUGUUCCGUUAAAUUUUCCAGCACCAACCUCUUGGAGUCGCUGAAACACUGCGCUUCUUCAGGAAUUGCCUCCACCCCUGUUACCCCCCUGCUGUCAUCUAUUCCUUUAAAAGGAAGGAAUUAUUUUGUGAUCACGGACAACGCUCCUGGUCCGUCCUCACAAACUCGACAAGCGCAGAAAUGA